AACAUCAAAUGACCUCCCUCACCAAGCAUUGGACGCAUCAAAUUUCAAAAGAAGACACAUUGCGUGGGUGCACCCUUUUCCCCAACGCGUUCGUAAACUCUCUUUUAAACACACGCUCUUCUGCAGUACUAAGAUAAACCAUCCAAAAAGCAUGCAAAGAUCACAUUGUUGACUUUCAUGGGUUUAUCUUGAUUUGGAUAAGCCCUUUAUUAUCAUUUAAAUGGGUGCAAUUAAAGAACAAACUUUUUUGCUAUGUGUUUUAUGGACUAUUCUGAUUAUUGGAAACAAUGCACAAUAUUACGAUGAAAUAGAUGAUAUCGAUGAUGCAACAACUUGUUUAUUUGACGGUGUAAGAUAUGCUGAUCAAGAAGAAUGGAAACCAGAUGCUUGCACGUCUUGUAGAUGUUAUUUAGGAAAUACUGUAUGUGAUACAGAAGAAUGUCCUGAUUUAGAAUGUCGAACUCAAAAGUUUAUUCCACUAGGAAAGUGCUGUCCUGUCUGUGCAGAUGAUGAGGCUGCAUUUGGUCCAGAUGAAACUGUAAUCCAAAGACCUCGACCUAGCUUUCCUGUUGGAGUACCAGCAAUCGGAUCCCCAGAUCAUGUAGUUGUUCCAGUUGUUGGACCACCUGGUGAACAUGGAGAACCGGGAACCCCUGGAUCACCUGGAUAUAGAGGAACCCCCGGCCAACCUGGUUCACAUGGCACCCCUGGUGAACCAGGGCCUCCUGGGCCACCUGGUAAUGCUGGAUGGAAUAAUUGGUUUAAUCAUUUGUCUGCUCAAAGUGGUGAUAAAGGGCCUGCUCCAGAUGCUUUUCAUUUCAUGCAAGCUCAAGUUGGACCUGUUGGACCCCGAGGUACUCCUGGGCCACCUGGACAGCCAGGUCCUCAAGGCUUUCAAGGAAUUCGUGGGGAAUCAGGUGACUCUGGACAAGCUGGCUCACCUGGCACACCUGGACCAAGAGGACUACCAGGAUUGCCUGGAAAAGACGGAGAAUCAGGAGAAGAUGGACGUCCUGGACCACCAGGCCCUCCUGGACCUGCAGGUUCUAGAGGUACACCUGGACUUCCAGGACUACCAGGAGCCAAAGGACAUAGAGGAUUCCCAGGAUUAGAUGGUUCUAAAGGAGAACAGGGAACUGCGGGUGAAAAAGGAGUUGUUGGGGUUCCUGGAAAGAUGGGUGUUGUAGGACCAAUGGGACCUCCUGGUCCAAGGGGAGAACGAGGACGAGAAGGCACACCAGGACCACCUGGCUUAAGAGGAGUUGAUGGGUUACCCGGUCAAACAGGACCAACUGGACCAAUUGGAAGAUCUGGACCACCAGGGUUCCCUGGAUCUCCUGGAUUAAAAGGUGAAGCAGGAGCUUUAGGUGCUAAGGGAAAUCAAGGUAGCCAAGGUGUUAGAGGAGAAGCUGGUACUCCAGGACUAAAUGGUGAAAGAGGACCUCAAGGUGCUCCCGGGAACGAUGGUCUUCCUGGUGAAAGAGGUGCUCCUGGAGAUAGAGGAGCAAAUGGUAUUUCUGGAUUCCCAGGUGCUGCUGGACCCCCUGGUCUUACUGGAAGUCAAGGCUUGCCCGGACCUAAAGGUUCACAGGGUAAUAGAGGUGAGCCUGGAAUUAGAGGAGAAGGUGGAAGAAAAGGUGAAGUUGGAACUGUAGGGCCUAGAGGUUUACCAGGAGUGCAAGGAAAUCAAGGAAAAAGAGGAAAAGCUGGUCCUCCUGGCCCUGUAGGAGCUCCUGGUGUUCCAGGUGAAAGAGGACCAUCAGGGCUCAGAGGACUUCCUGGCCCUGAAGGUGCUGCAGGCAUGAAAGGUCUUACUGGGGAUCGAGGUUUAGAAGGCCCAUCAGGUCCUAAGGGUGCUCAGGGUGAAGGUGGACGACAAGGUCCUCCUGGUCUUCAAGGAUUGCGGGGAACUCCAGGAGCACAUGGAAUCACUGGAAAAGAUGGAUCUCCUGGAGAUAGAGGAGCUCCUGGAUUAGAUGGAAAACAAGGACCCCCAGGCCCUCAGGGUACUCAAGGGGUUCCUGGAUUAAUAGGACUUCCUGGAAUGAAAGGAGAGAGGGGAGAAAGAGGUAUAGACGGUUUGACAGGUUUACCAGGUCUUCAAGGAAGACGCGGUGAUGCUGGAAAAGAUGGUUUGCCUGGCUUACAAGGAGCUCGGGGUCCAUCUGGUGAUACAGGUGCAAAAGGUGAACCUGGUCCUCAAGGGUCUCGUGGCUUUCAGGGUAUACCUGGUCUUGCGGGAGGAAUUGGUCAGCCAGGUAAAAACGGAGAACCUGGCACACCUGGAGUUGCAGGUUUAGUUGGAUCUCAAGGAAGUCGAGGAGAAAGAGGGUUUCCUGGGGAAAGAGGACUGAUGGGUCUUCCUGGACCUCAAGGAAUUCGUGGUGAAGUUGGACCUGCAGGAAAAGAUGGAGCUAUUGGACCCAGGGGAGAAAAAGGUCCUAAAGGAAUAUCAGGAGCAUCAGGCUUAGUUGGGCUUCCUGGUCAAAGAGGUGAUUUUGGUCCUUCUGGCCCUAAAGGAGAAAGAGGUGAUUCUGGACCAAUGGGACUCAAUGGCCCUCAGGGUAGACAAGGAGAGCCUGGUCCGAUGGGAUUAGUUGGUCUCACUGGUUUACAAGGAGAAACAGGAGAGAAGGGUGCACUUGGUCAAGUUGGACCUCAAGGAAAUCCAGGUCCUCAAGGUAUUCAGGGUGAUAAAGGGCAACAAGGUGCGCAGGGUCAACAGGGAUUUCCAGGGCCGAUUGGUAUACCUGGACCUCGAGGAAUAAAGGGUGACCAAGGAUUGAUUGGACCAAAGGGUGAAACAGGAGAUAAUGGUUUACCUGGUCUCCCUGGAAUUUCUGGUAUACAGGGUCUGCAAGGAAUUACAGGAUUAACUGGAGCAAAAGGAAAUGAUGGGAAAAAGGGACAUGCUGGAUUUCCUGGAACACCUGGCCUUCCAGGAAAUGCAGGAACACCAGGUAAGCAAGGCAAUCCAGGACCUUCUGGCUCUGUUGGCUCCCCAGGUUUGACGGGUCACAAAGGUGAUUCUGGAAGGCAUGGUGCUCCAGGCCCUGCAGGUAAUCCUGGAAUUCCGGGUAUUCCUGGUGCUAAAGGUGAUGUAGGAUCUGAAGGAAGGCCUGGGCCACAAGGUCCCAUUGGACAACCUGGCCCAAUUGGAGAUAAAGGUCCACCUGGUUUACCUGGUCUCCAAGGAAGAAAUGGUCCACAUGGAGCAAAAGGAUCACAGGGUGAAAGAGGUCCUGAGGGCAAGCCAGGUCCUGAUGGAAAUCCCGGCUUGCAAGGAUUGAUGGGAUUACCUGGACCUCAAGGUCCUACUGGUGAAACAGGUCCUGAAGGACCUCAAGGCAAAGACGGGCCUCCAGGUGCCCCUGGUAGAACUGGUGACAAGGGGCCUUCUGGUCCCCCAGGACAAACAGGUGCUCCAGGCUUGCCAGGUCUUCAAGGUAUGCCUGGUUCUUCCGGGCCAUCUGGAUCUCCUGGAGAUCGUGGGGAACGUGGAGAGAGAGGUAUACAGGGCCCUAUGGGACAACAAGGUCCUCGAGGGUUACCUGGUCCUAUGGGAGAAUCUGGGCCAAAAGGUCCCAAAGGUGAUAUUGGACAUACUGGAGAGAAAGGACACAGAGGAAUUCUUGGAUUACAGGGGCUUCCUGGACCUGUAGGCCCACCUGGUGACAAAGGUAUGACUGGUGAUCCUGGACCACCUGGAAUGAAGGGUCCUCCUGGUCCUAAAGGACCCAUUGGUAAUCCUGGAAAUUCUGGACCUCCAGGAAUGUUAGGAAUACCAGGACCUAGAGGACCUACCGGUGAAUCUGGAAGAGAUGGAACUCCUGGUCUAACUGGGCCUCCAGGGCCACCUGGUCCUCCUGGUUCCGGAUUUCAAUAUGACAUGGCAGCAUUAGCUGCUCUUAUGGGGCAAGGACAAGUAAAGGGACCAGAUCCAAUACUGGGUGAUGAACCAAACCUACUGUCGGCUGCUCCAGAAGAAAAGAAACGUUUAAUAUUCCAGUUCUAUGAAAAAUUGGUAAGAGACUAUGCAGAUUCUAGAAAGCCAACAGGAACUAAAGACUCACCUGCUAAAUCCUGUAAACAUUUAUCAGAGGCUCAACCAAAUCUUUCUAGUGGUAUGUAUUGGAUUGAUCCAAAUGAAGGUACUAUCAAAGAUUCCAUUGAAGUAUUUUGUAACAUGAAUACAAAAGAAACAUGCAUAAUCCCUAAUCCUGAAGAAAUUCCGAAAGGUGUGCAUAUUAAAGGUCGAGGGCAGAAAACUUGGUUUAGUGAAAUGGAAUCAGGUUCUCUGUUUCAUUAUAAAAUUGAUCAUGCACAAUUAACAUUCCUUCAACUUCUGAGUGAAAGUGCAUCACAAAAUGUUACCUAUCAUUGCCGAAACUCAAUUGCCUAUUAUGAUGCUAAACAAAAAUUCCUAAAAAGAGCUGUGAAGCUGAUGGCCUACAAUGAUGUAGAACUUACUGCAGAUGGGAAUCCAAGAUUUGUCUACAAUGCUUUAUUUGAUGGAUGCCAGAUACGUGGUAAUGAAUGGUCCUAUACAACUCUAACAUAUUCAACGGAUAAACCUCAAAGACUGCCAAUUGUUGACAUAGCACCUAGAGAUGUAGGCUUAAAAAAUCAAGAAUUUGGCAUUACAAUUGGUCAAGCCUGUUUUGUUUAAUUUAUAAAAGUUUUGGUUUAGCAUUUUGGAAUAUUUAAAAUGUGAUAAAAGAAAAAGAUUUUCAGCUGCUGCAUUUUACAUGAACUAUGAUAAGCGACAUGUGUUUUGAUGAAACAUAACAAAACUUGUUAUUUACAUUCUGCAGACUUACUAAUCACUGUUGUAUUUUACAUCAUUCAUUAACUUAACAGCCCAUUAUAAAAACGUCUUUGUAAAAGUUUA